GGAACCGUUGAUGCUAGCUGCUAGCAGUUAACAUUACUAGCAUGUCGAAGAUGGUGCGAGUCGUUCGGCUCCACUCUUCGUAUUUUAAGCCUCUGCGCCGGUGGCGCUUGGCAGCCACGGGCGGCUCUCACUUCCUUAUUCAUACGAGUGUCUAUCUGUGCUGACUGGUGCUUGGGGGGUAAAAACCGAAGACAGUUGGAUCAUGACGACAGAGAGAAACAGCAAAGCCCUGAAGGUGAAGCAGGAGUGUGGCGAGAAUGUUCCCUUCCUGUCGGACAGUGAGCUCAUGUCCCUCACGGUGCGGGAGCUGAACCUCCACCUGCGCGGCAUGUCCCGCGACGAGAUCCAGAAGUUGAAGCAGCGGCGUCGCACCUUGAAGAACCGGGGCUAUGCCGCCAGCUGCCGGGUCAAGCGGGUGUCCCAGCGCGAGGCCCUGGAGCAACAGAAGACGGAACUUCAGAGGGAGGUGGAGAGGCUCGGGGCCGAGAACGCCGGCAUGAGGAAAGAGCUGGAGGGCCUUGGCGCGCGUCUGGCCGCCCUCCAGAGAUUCGCCAGGGGUCUGGAAUCCGGCGGGGGCAACCUGCUGGCUACGGCCCCGCGCCUCAACACCGCCUCCGUCAUCACCAUCGUCAAGAGUCCACCACAGCCUCAGGCACAGAGAGAACACGAGCCGUCCUAGAAGGAGCUGCUGCAACCAGACUUUGGGGAGGGAUGCACAACCUGCAAUGCAAACACACACACACACACACACACACACACACACACACACACACACACACACACACACACAUUCUCACAAACACACACAACGCAUGCAGACAUACAUAUACUAGACACCGUACACAUGCUGGAGAACAGGAAGACAAAUAGGAAAAUUAGUAGGAAAAUACUAAACACUUGUUUGCAUCACGCCCCGUUCACAUUAUGACGCGACCGUCGUUCAGUCCCGCGUGACACCGUGCCGACACAGUGGUGUGUGACAACAGCUACGCUUAGUUUUCCCAAAGUAACGGCUGAGAAAUCAUCAAGGACAAGUGGAGGUGUUCUCUACUUAAUGCUUCUUCUUCUUUUUAAUAACACUGCAGCUUCGCUGACUGAAAUGUACUUUAGCACGUUUGCUUAGAAACUCUGAGUUAUGUUCAGAACAAUACGCGGCAGGCGUAAUGUGAACGAGGUGUUGGCGCACUGAUGCACAUGCACAACGAACCCUCACACUCAACCCCCCCCCCCCCCCCCCCCCCCCCCCCCCCCCCCCCCCCCCCCCCCAGACAUUGACUAAAGUGGGCUCUGACUGAAGCCGGAGCAACUCAACCAGAGUUACUGUACAUCUCCAACCGCUCAACAAAUCCAGCCGCGACGCUGCGGCUCUCUGAUUGUGCUGCCGAAAAGACCAGGGCUUCUCCCCACUUCCGUUUAUGGCACCUGACCAACAGCGAAACGCCAGGGUGGAGCCGAUGUACAGUGUGUGCUGCUUCCUCCGACUCGACAAAGUCUGCAUUCCUGGUACAAUGGUAGUCUCAAGUUAUUAGCCUUUUCUUUCUUUUUCUCACACCGGCCGAGGGUCACGAGUUUCUGUUAGCACGCAGGAGAGCGUCUCACGUUAUGAAUCACUUGUUCAUUAAUGCAGAGUUUCUCCACCUGGGUGUCACUUGAUAUUCAGGCAAGGGGCCACGGGAGAUUCCCCCCAGACUCCACACUAAUUUAUUGACAUCUCCUUCAUUCUCUUCUAAAAUACAGCAGUAGGCCCCAUACCCAGAUUCACCUGACAGUGUCAGUGAUGACGCCACGGGGAUUUUGUAAGCAGAAAUUGUCACACACUCCAGGAAGAGGUUGAGAAACACUGCGUCCGUGAAUCAUGAGUUCAAAACUGUCCAUUUUGGUGAACCUUUCUUCACUUUCGGAUUGGCCGGUCACUGCUCCCUUUUCCUACUCCAGCCCUUCGUUGGAGGAGAACGUAGUUUUGUACUGCUUGUGCACACAUUUCCCACAUUACUGCAGUGCCUUCAGUGUAUGUAGGAGUUACAAGAAUGCAAACCUAAGAGAGAAAAAGGUUGAAAACAGACUGUAGUCGCUCCUUCUUGACCUGUUCAUGACCACACUUUCCUGCUGUCUUCACUGUAUUCUCUCGAUUCUUCUUCUCCUCUUCUUUCUGAGCUGUCAUCCCUCUUACUUGUCUCACGAUCACAGUCUGCUGUGGCUUCCCUCCUUUUUUCCCCCCAUAUCUGGUCGACUCCUAACAACAGAUGUUGGUCAUUUAGCCAAAAACGUGUCGAAGCGUAGUCGCAUCUGGUAGAUAUUACACUCAAAUUGAUGCAAAUCUGCUGCAAACAUUCCCGGGUCUUUUUUUUGUUUUGUUUUGUUCUUAUUUGUCAUGUUUGUAUGUGCCGUUGAGAGACGAAAAUGUUGAGUGACAUUUAUCAAGAGAUAUAUUCUAUAUUUUAUUUGUAUUUAAAGGUAGAUAUUAUGAAAAGACAAGCUAACGAGUGCUGUGAUGUUCUGUUUUCGGACGUACUUAUGACUAGUCUGGGGAUAUUCUCAUGUCUAAUAAUUGUGUCGUGUGGCGACGGUGAUUACUUUGCAAAAUGUUAAUUAUUAGCUGUGUAGAAGUAUGCUCAAAGCCAAUGGCCAUAUUGCUGUAUGAUGAUUUUUGUGUGUGUGUGUUUUUUUUGCUAUGUUUGUACUGGCCUGUCACAGUGGAUUCUUGGAGGGAUAUUAUUUUUCUAUGAUGGUUUAUAUAUGUUAUUUGUGUGGAGAGAAAAAAAUGACGGUCACUUCUGAGUUGGACAGAAAACACAGGGCGGGUUAAAGGAAAAGCGUGAGCGGGGGAGAAAUGUUGGGAGAGAAAGAUUGAGACGAGGAGGAGAGGAGAAGGGUUGAGGAGUUGUCUGAUGAUGGAGAAAGAAAGUAGGCAAGGCGGAAAGAAGACUGGGAAAGAAGGUGGAAAGAAGAUGCCGUUUUAUUCACUUGAAAACCUCCGUCGGUCGUCGGCCCGUUUCAGUCAAGUCGUGCUCAAACCGUGGAGCCGAGGCCACUGAAUAGAACUAGCAAUAUCAUGUGUAAGCAGGCAUUGUAACACACAAGACUGUGUUGACGAAUAACUCCUUCAGAUACGAGGCAUAUAUUUAGCUAUAUGAAUAUCAGUGUGGCAAAGCAUUUAUCCUCAAUAUUUUAACGUCUCACAUCUUCGUCAACUUGUGCUGGAUGUUUUGUAAUACUUGCAAAACAAAAAAUGGUCUUUGUAUUUAUUACCUGUAUUUUUUCUAUUGUGAAAAUUUAAGUACAUUGUCUAUUUUAAAUAUUAAUUAUAAUAAAUGUUGUACAUAUUGUACAUAAAAUGGU